AUGUAUCCCGUAAGCUCACAAAAAAAAAAUUGGACUUUUUCUGAUGAAUUAGAAAUAGAAAAGUUGAGAAAAGGGGCCAAUGAAAGAUUUAUUGAGAAAUUUGGAAGAGGGAAAACGGAAGAUGAAAAAAAAUCAUUCUUUUUAACUCCUGAGGAAGAAUUAAUUUUACUUAAGGGCUCUGAAUUGUUAUUACGAGAAUUUUGUAGAAAGUUUUCACCACCAAUGCCUAAAAGUGUUAUCGGAACUUCUUACCAUUAUUUUAAAAGAUUUUACAUAAAUAAUUCAGUCAUGGAUUAUCAUCCGAAAGAAAUAUUAGUCACAUGUGUUUAUUUAUCAUGUAAAGUUGAAGAAUUUAAUAUUUCCAUAGCUCAAUUUGUUUCAAAUAUAAAAGGUGAUAGAGAAAAAGCUGCAGAAAUAAUAUUAAAUAAUGAAUUGCUUUUAAUGCAACAAUUAAAUUAUUACUUA